GCGGCAGCAUCUCCAAUAAAGAUUAAGAUAGCCACGCACGCACGCGCACGCAUCUCUCCCUCCCCCUCCUCCGCCAUUUCCUUCCUCGAUCUCCCUCUCCGCCGCCCCCACCCGACGCCACCUGCAUCAUAUCCAUGGCUGCUCCCAUCACCGCCGCCGCAUCGCCCCUCCUCUUCCCUCUCCCUGCCUAUCGGGUUCAGGUGAUAGGCGCAAUGCUGAAUCGGACCUCAGCUUCUUUCUCCAGGCAAACAGCAAGUUUUCCCUCGAUUAGGUUGCAGCCUGUCGCAAACCGCUUCAAGGUGUCUUGUUCGGCCAAACAAGACACUAUUGACAGGGUUUGUGAAAUAGUGAAGAAUCAGUUAGCAGUAGAAGAAGGCACGACUGUUACUGGAGAAACAAAGUUCGUCGACCUUGGGGCUGAUUCACUUGACACGGUUGAAAUUGUGAUGGGCCUUGAGGAGGCAUUUCAUAUCACCGUGGAUGAAUCGAGCGCACAAGUGAUUCAGACGGUGGAGGAUGCCGCUGCUCUCAUCGACAAGCUUGUGGCAGAGAAGGAUGCUUAGUUUUGCCCAUUAUUGGUGCCAAUCUCAGUUUGUUGUACUACUACAAAUCCAGAAAAGUAGUUUACGUAUUAUGAAUGCCUACGAAUCUCUUGCUGAAUUCAGUGAGUCCUUGUUUCACAGAUUUUGAAUAAAGGAUGGAAAAUAUUAGAGUAGUUCUAUCCAUGAGGCUGAACGCCAGAGGGUGUUCCAUUUGCCAAGCGAUAUCCGCCGCAGAAACG